UGCACGUGUUGUUUCUCUGUUAUUUUAACCGUCACCUGGUUAGUAAGUCGCACGCUAACUAGCCAACUUAACCGGUGUCGGUUUGAGCUAGCUCUUUGUUGCGGGAGUACGGCUUUUAGGGCUCUCUAGACCAGUGGUUGGCCCCUGGAGCUGUUUGCGCGUGGGUAACCAACGUAACUCGAACGCCCAAGCAGAACGUAGCUAGACUUCUCUUUUGUACAGACGUAGUUUUGUAUUUCCUGCUGAUGAUGACUGCUUUAGUCAAUGACCCCUCCGGAGUAAACCCAUCCCUCUCUACACACACAUCUCAUCAGAAACAGAUACAGGCUACAGCUGAGCAGAUCCGACUUGCUCAGAUGAUCUAUGACAAAAAUGAUUCAGAAUUCGAGGACAAAGUCAAACAGCUGGUUGAGGUAACCGGGCGAACUCAGGAUGAGUGCAUGGUAUCCCUUCAUGACUGCAAUGAAGACGUCAACAGAGCUAUCAACCUGCUGCUGGAGGGGGUGACUGACCAGAGCUCCUGGGAGACUGUAGGCAAGAGGCGUGGCCUGGAUAAAGAUGGCAAGAGUGAGACGAAGGACAACAGAGAGAAGAGAGGAGAGAGGGAUGUAGGCAGAGGUCGUGCAGCCGCCCGCAGGGGAAGAGGAGGCUUCCGCUCACGUGAAGUGGAGAGUGGGGGGGUGGAGGCCAGCAUUCGCCGGGGACGUGGCAGAGGUGUUGUAGCCAGAGGCCGGGGCAGAGGAACAGCUGUCAGAGGAUUUUCAUCCGGAGCAAUGGGGACGUUUAAUCCCUCUGAAUACGGUUCUGGCUCCACUCACAGAGACGGCGGUGAAGCGGAAGUCAAUGGAGGAGGAGCAGGCCCCUGGAGGAAUGUGGACGACUGGGCAGCUGAGGACUGGAGCGAAGACCUGAUUGAGACCAAAGUGUUCACCUCCUCCUCUGCCUUGGCUGCCAACACACACCUCACAUCUGGGAACAGUAUGGAUCUGUGUACGCUGAUGUCUCAGUCAGGAGAGGGCGCUGUGGAUGCUGAUCCUGAGCCAUUAGGCCAGAGCCUGGUGUUCACCAACUCCCAACACACGCAAGCACACACACGGACAGCCACUCACUCCUACGCUGCUGCAGCAUCAUCAACUGGGUUGAGUGGAGGUUCAGCAGUGGUCACGAAGGUGGUCCAUCCCGAGCCUGUUGCCGUGGAGACCCCGGCAAUAAGAAGACCCGAAGCCCCGCCCUCAGACAUCACCACAGAAGCACACAUGCGCGCGCACACACACUUCACCUCCAGUGUCAGCACACACACGCCAACACACACCCCCCCCAUCACUGCUACGUGCGACAGCAAGACCAGCAGGACCACUGCCCCAACACACAUUGAAGUGCCUCCCCAGCCAGAGCCAUCUGCAAUUCUUUCCCAGCAUGCCUUGCAGCAAUCUGUUGCCACUCCGGAGGUGUCUCACCCCGCACUGCCCGAGGGCUCGUCUCUAGGGGCAGCGUCGGCCCCCGAGUUCCCAGCCCCCCUCAGGCAAAGCAGGCCACAGAAACGCCGCCCUGCCCCGCCGUCUAAGAUCCCCUCCUCUGCAGUGGAAAUGCCCGGCUCAGUGGACGUGAGUAGCGGGCUCAACGUGCAGUUUGGUGCGCUGGACUUCGCCUCUGAACCCAUCUCCAUGGAAACGACACAGCCAGACAGUAGCUCUGACUCCGCCCAAGACCCCAUCCCACAAAAUAACCUGCCCCCUAGAUCUGCAAGUGACUCCCUGGCCACCUCCCUGGACUCUGUUUACCCUGCCCCUUCCCGAGGUCUGCCCAAUGCCACAGCCAUGCCAAGCAACACCCAGAGGCUGGCGCCUAGCACGCUGGAUUCGGCCCCACUUACAAAUGGCUUCAGUGAAGUAAGAACUCCCAACUCUCAGGACACAUUGAAGUCUGACGCCAGCCCUCAGCCCUCAGCCGCUUCACCUGUGGCCACACCCUCCCACAGUGUUUCCAUGGCAGCACUCAGCAGCGCCCAUAUGUCUGGAUCCACGGUCUCGAGCAGCUCAUCUCUGGCAUUUCCCCAUCUCUCUCUCUCUCAGAUGUCUGCGGAGGCACCAGUGGUCAGUAGUGUGCCAGCGGGCGCGCCUGGACUCACACCCAACGGCUCGUCCAGAAGUGCAGUCCAACCUAGUGCUACACCUGGCAAAACUCUUCCUCCUAUGAUGGCCAGUCAGUACAUCAUGAGUCCAGGAGGCCUGCUCCCUGCCUACCCGCAGAUGUAUGGCUAUGAGGACAUGCAGAUGAUGCAGUCGAUGCAGUCACGCAUGCCCAUGGACUAUUAUGGAGUUACCUAUCCUGGUACCACGGCAACAAUCCCGGGCAGAGAUGGGGUAUUAGCCAGUAACCCCUACUCAGGUGAAACCACUAAAUUUGGGCGUGGUGACUCUGCUUCCCCAGUCCCUCCCACCUCCCUGUCCUCGGCCCCCCCCACCAGGCUGCAGUGGCACAGUCGCAGGCGCAGGCGCAGUCUGCUCAGAGCCAAGCGCAGACGCAGGCGCAGGCGCAGGCCCAGGCACAGGCCCAGGCCCAGGCCCAGGCCUUCCUCAGCCCACCACUGCCUCCAGGCUACAGCUACCCUGCUAUGCCCUACUACCCUGCAAUGCCUGGUCCCUUCCAGUACCCCCUCCUCAUGCAGGCCAACGCCAAGCAGCCCACACAGUACCCACCCUACACAGGCUUUGAUGAUCUUUCUCAAGCGGCGGAGUUCAGUAAAGGAUAUGGGGGUUCAGCCCAAUCACAACCCAAGGGAAUCAACAACACUGGUAAAGGAAGCAGUGGGGUCCCUGAUCUGAGUGCCUACAGUAAGACGCAGUCAUUUGAGAAGGCAGGAUUUCAUACAGCCACACCCCCUCCAUUCAGUCUGCCAUCAGCAUUGGGUGGAGCCACAGCAUAUGGCCACACCCCCUUCCUGCACAUACUGCCAGCCCACCAACAGCCACAUUCACAGAUGAUGC